GUUUUUAUCUUUUUUGGAACAGAAACGUAUCCAAAAUGACUAUACACGAAACCAAAUUUAUGGUGUGCACAUGAUUUAACGUCACAGAAUUUUUGGGGAUGCAGGAGAUACAGGGGAUACGAAGAGUGUUUAUUUUUUUUAUUUUUUUUCUCACAGCCACGACCAACCAUCUGUGUCAUGUUUGACUGAAACUAUUCUUAUUUCACUCUAACCUUAAGCAGCAGCAUCUCGUUCACUCUGGAAGGAGGCCCUUCGUCUAUUCGUGAAAAAUCAGCCUUCAGGUUUUUUUGCUUCCACAUGUAGCCUAGUUAACUUGCCUGAACUCAAGGGCUGACACUUAACAAUGGACGCUCUAACCUCAGUGACUCUUGAGUAGGUUACAUUUCCAGAGAACACUGAUCCGGCUAAGAGAAAUAUGUGGCCAGAAAUCUGGAAUAACUGCCUGUGGACAGUGUAUGGUUGCUGCAAACAGCAAAGAUCCUCUUACAAACUUGUAACAUGUGAUCGAAAGGCUUUCUUUGAGAACCCACACAUGAUAAAGACAGUGUUGGAAAAAACAUACACUUUUACUUUUUGAAGACAUGCUAAAGGAAUGGAUGUUACAUUGAUCUUUCUUUGCAGUGCAUGAAAAUGCUUAACCUUUCAAAUGGAAUGCCAGCUGACACAUGGCUUGAGCUCAGUCCAGUAAAACAGGAGACAUCCCUCCAAAAUGAACAAGAAACACAAUCAGAGAGCAUGACAGACUGUAACACUUCAAGAAAUGAUGUUCUGGAAAACAUGAAAACACCCCAAAACAACCAGUGUUUAACAUGCCUGAAAUGUUUUUCUGCACCAUCAAAACUUAAACGGCAUGUUUUAACUCAUACUAAUCAUAGGCCCUUUGGUUGCAGGUUCUGUGCCAAGACUUUCCGUCAGUUACCCCAUCUAAAAGUUCACUUGGCAACUCAUUUAUCUGAAAGAACAGGCAAAAUGUGUCCCGCAUUUCAAUACAGUCCAUGUGGUAGCUCAACUCCACCACUCCAGGAAAACCAAGAAUGUGGAGGGAAACAAGAACUGUGUCUCACAACAGAAAUUGCAGACAAUUAUGUAUAUGCAAAUGUGUAUUCCAUGGAGGUAAUGGACAUUAAUCAAAGUGUUACUGAGAAUUGUAAUGGAAAGAAAAGAAUUUAUGAUUGCCCUAUUUGCCUUAAACGGUUUGGUGCGCCAUCCAAAUUAAAAAGACACUACCUUAUUCAUACAGACCAGAGACCCUUUCCCUGUUCCAUAUGCUGUCAUGCUUUCAGGCAACUUUCCAAUCUAAAAGUGCACAUCAGAGCUCAUACUGACAGUAAGAAGAACACAUCACCUUUCCAGAGCUACAGAUUCAACAGUCUACCUCUACCCACGUAUUCAGUAUCCAAUUCUAGGCUAAAGCACUCUACAUAUAAUUGCCUUGCCAGAACAUUUAGAUCUUAUUCCCCAAAACAUCUUAGUCUCCAACAAAGCAACACAUGUUCAACAGAUAAACCGAAGUCCACUGCAACGGACUUGAUCAAAACUGAAUCUGACACUGCGAGUAUCACAGUCCCCAAAUAUGUUUCAGAAAGGUACUUAAAAAUGAUAAAAUAUCCACAAGGAUAUCGGUGCCCCACUUGUUCAAAAUGCUUUAAAGCCUUAUCAAAGCUCAAGCGUCAUAUUCUGAUCCAUACAGGCCGAAAGCCUUUCAAGUGCACGGUGUGUGCCAAAGCUUUCCAACAAAAAGCAUACCUGAAAAUUCACAAGUGUAAGGCAGAAUAUAGAACAGAACACAAUUCCAGUUUAAGGGACGGUCAGUAUGCACAGAACAUCAUCAAGCAGAGCCCUGGUGCUCCAAAUGCUGCAGAAGAUGUUGUAAAAACUAGACAACAGGGCAAUGCCACAGUAGACAAAAUCAAUUCUAUCCACGACGUUAGCUUUUUCGGACCAGAGGUACGAUUUGUUUCAUCAGGUUGUUCUCCAAAUGCUGUCACAGCUGCUGAAAAGAUAAUUCCUCCAACAUCUGAGUCUUCCAAGCUCCUGUGUAUGCUUCGACUAAAAAAGAACGGUGGAUAUCAGUGUAGAAUAUGCUUGAAGAUAUUCUGUUUUCCCUCUAAACUAAUUCGACACCUGUUCAUUCAUACAGACAUCAGGCCUUAUACCUGCAUCGUCUGCAGGAUGACAUUCAGGCAGCUCUGUCAUCUCCAGAGGCACCUUAGAGUGCAUAUGGCAAAAAGACAAAAUCCUCUUAGCUUAGAUGAAGACACUGAGAAGUACAGGACCAAAUCACCAACACCAGGAGAUAUUGCAGAUAUGUCUGAAUCUUUCAGUGGGACAAAGAACUGCAAACAGGAUGGGGGAAGUAUUCCCUUACCUCAGACAUUGGACUCAAUCUUAAACAAAAAGUACCAAAAGCUUGACCAAAUUGUUCCCUCACAAUCGUUGAUCUUGGCAGAGCCAUUUGAGUCGUGUACCGCAGGGAUUGAGAGCUCAGACGCAUUAAGGAAUGAUAAAGUACAGAUCGGAACCUCCAGCCCAAUGUACGUUAAGCUCCAAAGAAAAGGUGUGAAUCGGUGCAGCAUCUGUCUGAAGAAUUUUCAAUUUCCUUCCAAGCUCGCUAGACAUUUUUUGAGCCACACAGGUACUAGACAAUUUAAGUGCCAUGUGUGCUCAAAAUCAUUUCGACAGCGGUGCCAUUUGCAAUGCCAUCAGAGUGUACACAAGAAAACAGGCCAAAAUGUAAUUGUUGGUAAAAAUUUGGAACAGCAGAGCAUGGUUUCCUUUGGUAAUGAGGAGAUAUCUGAAGACCAAGUUUUUGUAGGUGCAGAAGACUUUAUAACAGUGCAACAAGAUCAGGUCGCGGAGGAUAUACGAUCUCAAAAGAUGAAUCAUGAGGAAUUUCAUCAAAGUGGUGGCUGCAGUGAUUCAAGUGGUACUAGUAAUUUAGAGAAUGUUGAGAUCAAGUCAGAGGUCAUUUUUCGAUGCAACGACAAAUCCGUUUGUGAGCUUCUGAUACAUAAAACUGACAUAUCCAUGCUUGUUGAGAAAAGGACAUCUGACAUCAUGCCUUUUGGCAGGGUGAGUGACUGCCCACCCACAACUGACUCUUCUUUUCAUUACUGUGCUUCAGAACAGAGAACCGAGGAAGAAUGUUCUCGAGACAUGGAUGAUGUUAUUGAAGAUUGUGCUAUUGUGGAUGUGCACACAGUUAAAUAUGUCCCUGAUAGUUACAUGCCUCGUUUGCAUCAGUAUCAGCUAAUUCAACCAUCCCUAGUCCCUGGGCUCAAAGACGAUGUGGUUCAGGAGCAUUUGGACUCCCAGGUUCAUACUGGACGCUUUGUUGAACCACCAAAUGACCUCCCCAUUUGCCCUGGCUGUAGUGAGUGUUUUCCCACAUUAAAGACAUUACAUGCACAUAAAUGUGCCUUCAAAUACCCUGAAGAGACAAUUACGAAAUCCUACCAGUGUGACAUCUGCUUCAAAGUCUUUGGGGCACCAUCCAAACUGAAGAGACACUGUGUUAUUCACACAGGCCAGAAGCCUUUCCAGUGCAUACAGUGUGUGAAGAGCUUCACACAGUCGAGUAAUCUGAAAAGACACAUGCUGUCCCACAGUUAAAAGGGUUACCUGAAGAUUGGCCUAGAGGUAAGAUCCACCACAAGGGCUUUGACUGUAAAUCGGUUUUCACGCUAAAUUUCAGAAACAGCCUGGUUCCUUUUGUUCAAGAAAUACAAGUUUUGUUUGGUUUCACCUUGUGAUUUGUGUUCAUAAGAUUAAUUUUUAUUUUGUGUUUGACAGUUCUGCUUAACAUUAUGCCAAAUAAUAAUAACAAUUGUAAAAUAAUAAUAAGACUGAAGAUGAAAAUUUAAAUCAAAUUCAUUUCCAUCUUUGGAAAAUGUGUAUGUCCAAGAUUAUUCCAACCACACUCAAGUUGUAACAAGGUGUUUGAUCAUCUAUUUCUAAUUUUACAGACAUGGUAGCUAAGUCUUGACUCUUUUCUGCCUGUACCUGGUAAUAAUUGUAAUGUUCCAAAAUCUACACAAUGGAGGUGUGAUGGAUAUUGAAAUUAUAGUGUGGUGUAAUUUGUAGUAUUUCCAUUUAUAUCCACUAGAUGGUACAAUAUGCUAUUUUAUUAUCAGAGAGUAAUGGAAAAUGAUGGAGCACUGUAAAUGUUUACAGCACUAAAAUGAUACAUCAGUAUGGCAUUUACAGCUUUAUCAGAUUCUCCAAAAAUAUAUGGUUAAAAUAAAAGUUAUAUGAUCACCAAAACUGACUUUAAUUUUCCUUUAGAAACACAUGAAUGUAUAUCACAAUUCAUGUGAAACACAUGUAGCUUUUUUGAGUCCUCAGUUCACCCCGAUACAGGUCAUGUGAGUUUAUUGUAGCAACCUUCUCUGUCGUCAGAGUUCAAAUGGGAAAGUGGGGAAAAUUUAUUAUAUGAUUCAUUUGAUAUCAAUUUGUCAAUCUAACCAAAUAUGUUCUGGAAUUAGAAGUGCUUGAUUAUUCAUUUACUUAUUUGACCACAGUAACACAAAAUCUGAUCACAGUAAUACCAUAUUGUACCAGCAGAGCACUCAGUACCUGUUCACUUUAUCCAAGUUCACUAAGUGUCUGAUUACAAAUUAAUCUCAAAGGGCACACCGAACUCUUCUAUGUCAAGUAUUAACGAAUAUUAAACUCUGAUUGGUUCUGUAAUUAAAAAUACACAUUUAAUUGUUGUUUUUGUGUUUUGUUGUGUUAAUUUUUGUGCAUGUUGUAUUAUAAAUGUUCAUAAGUCCAUAAGAAUUUAUACAUUCCAUCAAUUCUAUUCCACAAUUUAUCUUUGUUUUCACACUUGAAGAUCCAAGUUUAUUUGGACUAAAGAGAUGACCGUGUAUGCCCAAAGUGCUUUGAAUUUUUUUUUUACUUUUACUUUUAUUUAGCCAGUAACAAAUCACAUGAAAACAGGAUUCACAUUUACAACAACGUCUGGGCCUUUUCUUUCUUUUUAACAGCAAAUCUGUUUUGUCCUUGUGUCACAAAACUCACUAAAGUGAUAUGGUGUAGAUUUAAGGGCAAUAU